GUUAAUAAAAGUGUGGACAGGGGAUUUUGGGAGUAGAGAAAAAAACAACAUAUUUUGCUACUCUUUUCGAGUUCGACAACAUACAUCAGCCGUAAAGUUGUACCAAGUGCAACAGUUACAAGAAUAAAUCAGUCGGCCAUGCUGGCUCACAUUCUUUUUGGUGCCAACACUGAAGUUGGUAAAACAAUUUGGUCAACGGCCUUGUGUUAUGCGUCGCAUUAUUUGGCGCAUGCUCCUGUUGAGUACAUCAAACCAGUUGGUGCUGGCCCAGUUGAGGAGGCAGAUUACGUCCAUCUCGCAAAGUUUGUUCCUUGCAAAUGUACGAACAUUCAUCAAUUCGAAAAAGCAAUGAGUCCCCAUAUGUCGGAGGGAGCGAUGCAAACUACAGACGCCUCUAUCGUUUCUGCUUUACGGAAACAUCUUCAGGCCAGCUCGUUUAAAAACACGUUUGUUGAAACUGCUGGAGGCGUUUCCUCCCCUGCACCAAGUGGAUCCUUACAGUGUGACUUGUAUCGUCCUCUUAGACUGCCUGUUCUAUUGAUUGGUGAUUCAAAACUGGGAGGAAUUUCAACAACCAUUGCUGCAUAUGAACAGUUGAAGGUUCGUGGUUACGACAUUUCCGCAAUCUUGAUGCUUCGAGACCCGGAAAACGCUCCUCAGUACGAAAACUGGAAGUACUUUUCAGAGAUUUGGUCCAAGUCGUACAGCUGUCAUGACAAGGAGAACAUCAAGUGCUUUACUAUACCUUCUCCGCCAGCUUUGAGCCAAGACGCCGAGGCUGAUUUCAAGGCAAUGCAGAAGUACUACUCGGAAAGUGCUUCAGUCGGUUAUGAUGUACUGAAGCAUAUUGAGCAAGUCCAGAAAACCCGGCUUGCACGGUUAGAUGACAUGAUCAAUCAAACAGAAAAGCAUAUUUGGUACCCCUUCACACAGCAUACACUUGUGAAUCCAAAGGAGAUAGCAGUGAUUGAUUCUGCCCAUGGGGAUAUGUAUACUGUCUUUGCUCCCAACGCAAAAAGAAAGUCUGAAGAGGCUUUGGCUGACGGUUCAAAGAAGGAAGGAUCCGUUGCCGUAGAAGAAAACAAGUACAAGGAGCUAUUUGAUGCCUCUGCUUCGUGGUGGACUCAAGGUUUGGGCCAUGGUGACCCGUAUCUUGCCAUGUCUGCAGCUUAUGCUGCAGGUCGUUACGGGCAUGUUUUGCUUCCCAAUUGUACAAACGAGCCAGCACUAGGUUUAGCUGAAGAUUUGCUCAGUACUGUUGGCAAGGGAUGGGCAAAUCGUGUUUACUAUUCCGACAAUGGUGCGACUGGUAUGGAAAUUGCGUUGAAAAUGGCCCUGAAGGCGGCACGUAUUCAACAUCAAUUAAGUGGAAAGAUUGAGAUUAUUGGACUUGAAGGCGCGUACCACGGCGAUACGAUUGGUACUAUGGAUGCUUGCCCGCCAAAUGUAUACAAUGUUGAAGUCGACUGGUAUGACGGUCGCGGGAUCUGGUUUGACUCUCCCGUGGUCAAAGUCUCAAACGGUGAAGUUUCUGUUCAAUGGGAAGACAAAUCGUUUUCCUUUACCGCUUUGGAUGACGUAUACAAUGUUUCUUCGAGAGUGAACUCACAUCUUGCCAAACAGUAUGCCAGCUUCAUUGGCGAGAAAGUGAGAACUGCUAUGCAACAGGGUCACCAGUUUGGAGCUUUGGUUAUCGAACCACUUGUCGUCGGUGCCGGCGGCAUGCUUUUCGUAGACCCGUUAUUUCAACGAGUUCUCGUUGAUAUUGCCAAGGGUCGGUUACCAGAAUCGCCAUGGUACACAGAAGCACAUGAGAACAAGAAAGCAGGUAUUCCUGUGGUAUUUGAUGAAGUGUUUAUUGGUCUCUAUCGCUUAGGACAGCUUCGUUCCGCUGAUAUUCUCGGGGUUUAUCCGGAUGUUCAAGUCAAUGCCAAGUUGCUCACCGGUGGUCUUGUGCCCCUCUCUGUGACUCUGGCGAGUGAGGAGUUGUUCGAGUACUUUCUUUCUGACAAAAAGUCUGAUGCUUUAUUGCAUGGACACUCAUACACUGCACAUCCAGUCGGAUGUCAUGUUGCUCGUCAGUCCUUAAAGCGUUUGGACCAACUGAAUCGUACAGCUUGGACCGAAAACAAGCAACGCUGGUUGGAGUUCUUUGGCUGCCAAAACGUUAAUGGUGUUCUGUCUUCGAGAAAUCCUAACGCAUGGAGUGUUUGGGAUCCUGAGUGGGUUUAUGAAGUAUCUAAACUUGAGUGUGUUGAAAGCAUUAUGGCACUUGGUUCUCUUGCCUCUGUCGUUUUGAAAGCGGGAGACCAUGGCUACCAAUCCAGCGCCGCUGGUCAGUACCUUUCACGACUUCGUGAGUUUUCUACCGGUGCAGAAGAAUAUGGUAUCCUGGCGCGUCCUUUAGGAAACGUCGUUUACUUCAUGACUUCACAGAUUACGCCUACUCACACUGUAAAGGAGAUUCAAGCAAAAAUUAUCGAUGUGUUUUCACAACCUCGGUAGUUUUUUAGACUCGUUCAACGAUACGUGUGAUACAAUUUAUAUUUUUUUUAGUUUAUAAUUUUGUACCAAGUAGUAUUUAUAAUGAGGAUAACUGUUAAUGAAUUUUCUUUUUCGUUUAUUUCAAA